AUGACAUCGCCAUCCGCUCCGCCGCCACAGCCUCCACCUCACUCCUCAUCUCCCUUCACUCCCGCCUUCUCUCCGCCUCCUCCGCCUCCCUCUUCCCAUAUGCCGUCCACCUCCUCCUCCGCCCCUCCUUCCCCAUCCACCUCCUCCUUCUCAUGGAACUCCCUUCUCCGCUUCCUCGCCUUCUCCCCCACUCCAAAACCCCUCAAUCUCUCCCUCUUCCUCUUCAUGCUCCUCCACUCCUCCCCUCCCCCCGACAGCCGCUCCUUCUCUUUCAUCCUCAAAGCCUACGCUCACCUCUUUUCCUUCCGCCUCGGCUCCCAGAAUCACUCUUACAUCCUCAAGCUCGGCUUCUCCUCCGACACAUUCAUCGCCAACAGUCUCAUGCAUUUCUACAUCACCUUCGGUCUCCUGCAACUCGCUCGCAUGCUGUUCGACGAUAUGCCCAACCGGACCCAAGUUUCCUGGAACGUCAUGAUCGAUGGCUACUCCAUCACCGGCGAUUAUAACACCACACUGUACGUGUUGAGAGAGAUGCAGUUGCAGUUCUUCAUGCCGGAUGUUUACACUGUACAAAGCCUGCUUUCCGCCUCCGGCGGGCUCGGUGCACUCUCCAUUGGAAUCUGGGCUCAUGCUUUCCUGAUCAAACGGUUAGAUUCAAGAGCAAGAAUCGACAUCAUGGUGAACAACUCCCUCGUUGAUCUUUACGCAAGGUGCGGGUCAUUGUCGAUGGCACGACAAGUGUUCGAGGGAAUGCCUGAACGAGAUGUGGCUUCAUGGAACACCAUGAUUCUCAGGCUUGCAAGCCAUGGACGGAUCAAAGAAUGUUUCUUUGCAUUCAACGUUAUGGUAAAGGAGGAUAAUCUGAGACCAAAUUCGAUCACAUUGGUUGCACUUCUUAGCGCCUGCAAUCAUGGCGGAUUGGUGAAAGAGGGCUUGCAAUACUUCCAUCUCUUUACUGAUCAGUUUGGCAUCGAAGCCCGUCUGGAGCAUUUCGGCUGUCUUGUUAACUUGUUAGCUCGUGCGGGACUGGUCGACGAAGCCAUCGACUGCGUGCAGAGAAUGCCGUGCAAGCCUGAUGCAGUUAUAUGGAGAAGCCUUCUUGAUGCUUGUUGGAAGCGAAGAACUCAAGUAGAAAUCAGUGAAUCUGUGGCAUUCAAAGCGCUUGAAUCGGAUGCAGAAGAAGGUGAUAGCGGAGUUUACGUUCUGCUAUCGAAGGUUUACGCAUCUGCAAAUCGCUGGAACGAAGUCGGACUGGUGCGAAAACUAAUGGCGGAGGAAGGGAUAAAGAAGGAACCUGGUUGCAGUUCUCUAGAAAUCAAUGGAAUAGUUCAUGAAUUUGUUGCAGGCGAUACUUCUCAUCCGAAGAGUGAAGAGAUUUAUAAGAAGCUGGAAGAGGUGGAGAAGAGAAUAUCAGUGGUUGGGUAUGAAAUCGAUCCGAUGGAAGCUCCAUUGAUUGCUGGAAGAGAUGAAGUGAAGAGGGAUUGUCUUCGGCUGCAUAGUGAGAGAUUGGCAAUGGCGUUUGGGUUGAUGAAUAUGAGUUUUGGAACGCCGAUGAGGAUUCUGAAGAACUUGAGAGUGUGUGGAGAUUGUCACAAUGUGACUAAAUUGAUAUCUGUGGUAUAUGAUGUGGAAAUUAUUUUGAGAGAUCGAUUGAGAUUUCAUUAUUUUAAAGAUGGUUCUUGUUCUUGCAUGGAUUAUUGGUGA